CUUCUCUCACUCUUAUCACUCCAAACCAAAAUACCUUCACCGAAUCCCUCACAUUCCAUCUUCUUCUUCAACGCUCCCUGUUUCAUCAUAUCAAUGGCUCUUGAAGCUCUGAAUUCUCCCACCACGCCAUCACCGGCUCUCCACUAUGAUGACCCUAGCCCCAAUUCGAUUGAGUCUUGGUCUAAGCGGAAGAGGACCAAGCGUCCACGGGGAUUUGAUAACCCUCCCACCGAGGAAGAGUAUUUAGCGCUAUGUCUCAUCAUGCUGGCUCGCGGUGGCGCAACCCCUACUGCCGACCCUGACCACCGACUUGAGUAUGAAGUUCCCAUUCCGGCUCAACCCAUAUCGGUUGUUAAACUUAGCUACAAGUGCUCUGUUUGCAAUAAGGCGUUUUCGUCUUAUCAGGCGUUGGGUGGACAUAAAGCCAGCCAUAGAAAAUCAGCUACAGGGGAAGACCACUCCACUUCCUCUACUACUACUACUACCACUACUUCCGCCACCGCCACCGCCUCCGUCGGUGGGGGUAAAUCCCACGAGUGCUCUAUUUGUCACAAGUCUUUUCCGACUGGCCAGGCCUUGGGCGGCCACAAGCGUUGCCACUACGAUGGUGGAAUCAACAACACCACCACCAACAACAACAACAACGCCACUGUGACAUCGUCGGAAGGAGUUGGGUCCACCCACACAAAAAGCCACAGCCAGCGCGACUUUGACCUUAACCUCCCGGCUUUGCCAGAACUAUCACCGGGAUUCUUCAUCUCUGCCGGCGACGACGAGGUCCAAAGCCCAUUACCUCUGAAGAAGCCUCGUGUAUUGACGAUUCCCAAAAUCGAAAUUUCUCAAAAUUAACCAUUCAAAAUCCAUCCAGUUUCCAGGAAUCUUAGGGGAAGAAACACAAUUUCUUAGGAUUUGUUCGUUUAAUAGAUUUGAUUUGUUUGUGUGUAAAUAGAAGAAGGUAGAAAUUAAAUUAUAACCCCCACCCACCCACCCAUUUAUCGCGCUUUGUUGGUUCAACACCUAUACCCACUGUUCUUACAAGUCUAUCCACAUGAUAAAUUCAAUUGAUUAUUUUUUCCACAUUUCUAA